AUGGUCGGAUCCACGGCGAAUCCAGGAGAAGCAACGGCAUCUCAAGCGCCGCCAGAUGUUGGGCAAGCAGACGUUGUUGGCCCCACGACCUACGAUCCCUUUGUAACACAACGGACAUGCAAGGCCAUACGUUCUCAGAUUACGAGAACGUGUAGAAAGAUCACGAACAUCAUUCAAGCAGAAGGCUCUAGAGGAGCUAUACAAGGCUUAGUCAACCAUGCCAAGUCCCUGCUGGACACUGCGUGCAAGCUCCAGCAGCAGUUGAUCGACGUGGUAGACGACGCCACGGUCGACAAGCAACACGAUAUCCACCUGAACUACGUACAGUCUGACGAGUGUGGCCGUGUUUUUGCCUAUAGGCCAAAUGGAACGAGGUUCAAUCGCGAACACGUUCAAGUGUAUGACACCAGCGGCAGAAAAACCGUUCCCGUUUGGGCUUGUUUUUCGUCCGUCGACUGGGGGCCAUUUAUAAAAAUUAAUGGCCGAUUUGUAAAAGAAAAAUAUAUAGAAAUUUUGGAAGAGGAACUUCUUCCAUGGGUUCGCCAACAUUAUGGCGAACAACAAGUUCAUUUUGUGCAGGAUAAGUCUCCCAUACACACAGCCCGCAUCAUCCCUCAAUGGUUUCGUGAGCACCCUCAAAUUGACUUACUGCCGUGGCCUUCCAAGGGUGCGGACAUGAACCCCAUCGAAAAUGCGUGGGGCGACAUUGUUCAAGAUUUUGACUGCCGCCAUGCCAGGACCGCAGACGACGUCUUCAAUCACGCCCGUGAUAACUGGAUCCGUUAUAACCAGCGACCAAACUAUUGGCAGAUUCUAUCUAAUUCGAUGCCAAAGCGGUUAAAUUUAGUCGUAGAGGCCAAUGAGUCAGAUUUUAAAGAAUACUUGGAGAGAAGAAAGGCAGAUACGGCUACAGAAGCAAGCUCUUUCCAUGGGUUUUCCGCAGCACAUGGUAGCCAGAGGCCGCCACUUCCCACCAGGAUACCCCCACGCAGCCAAGCCGUGUCUUAUCAUAGUAUAGCUCCUGUACCUUCUCGCCACAGCCCAGCUUCAGCACGUUCAUGUCCUAACCCCUCCCAGCAAGAGAGCAGCUCCUCCGAUGAAGCAGAUGCAGCCAGAGAAGCGCUUCAACAACUUGAGUUGGCCGGAAGGAAUACUACGACACCGGACAACGAACAAGGAGAGUCCAGAGUCCUUAGGUGGGUUGAAGGACAGCAGCUAUGCAGACAGGAAGAUUCAGCCCCUGACGCAUGGAUUGACCUCUACCGGGACGGCCGAUUGUACACCACCCGACGAGAGUUUUCUGGUGCGUCCUCUUCCAUCAGAGCUGAGUUGGGAGAGUUCAAUGGAAAGGCGUUGGAGUGGUUUAGUUGGAUAGACCUCUUUCGAGCCCUGAUGCACGAUACCCCGAAGGCCCCGGCAGAAAAGUUGGCGAUACUACAGAGGCAUCUGCGAGGCGAAGUGUUGGACGUGGUCUAUGGACUCGGAGGAGGCGAAUCUGCAUAUGCCGAAGCGUUGGGUCGCUUAAAGGAGAACUACGGAAGAAGAGACGUCAUGCGCGCUGCCUUGAUGCAAGCACUGGAGAAACUCAGCAUUUACAAGCAGGAUCCCAGCUCCUUCCGAAGAUUUGCUGAGAAGACCCGUACCUUCCUUUACGACCUGUCCAGAAUUGGAGAAUCCGCAACGGCGGACGUGAUCGAACGUUUAUGUCUGAAGUUGCCCUUUGCCGACCGGUUGUUAUGGAACACCGAUCGGGGAGGUGAUCUGGAACGACGUUCUCUGAAUGAGUUUGGCAAUUGGCUAUGUCGGAGAGCUAUGGCUUAUCAAAACGCUUAUACCAUAGCAGAAGAACAGUCACAAGAGUCUCAACCACGACCGAAGGAGAGGUAUUCCACAAGAUCGCAUGCGGCCAAUGCUGACAGUAAUCGAAGUCUGAGCGGUGGGAAAGCAGCCAAACCCUUCUAUUGUUUCAAAUGCGAAGGCCGACAUCCGAUGGAAACCUGUGCCCAGUUUAAGGAGCUGCCCAGUAAAGACAGGCUGCUCUUUUGUAUGCGGCACAAAUUAUGCUUCAACUGCUUCGGGACAAAUCAUACAUCACGAGAAUGUAAGAUCAAGAAACAUUGCAACGUCACUGGAUGUAAGCACUGGCAUCACGUUCUUUUACACGAUGUUAACGUUAAACCAGAGAACGGCUCCAAUUCGGCGACUGCCCGGUGCAACGCGACGCAAAUCAAGACAGCAGUGGGGAUGGUCCAAGCGCAAGUGUACGACGUCGACGGGAAUAUCGUCCUAGCCAAUGUUUUCCUGGAUGAAGGGAGCGACAGCACUCUCUUCCGAGAAGGUUUCAUCCGGAAGCUGAGAUUAGAUGGGACACCACACACGCUCUCAGUCGACGGUGCCGGAGGCGUGAGAAGUAAAUAUGCAUCCAGACGUGUACAAGUACGACUCCGUUUGUUCGAUGGAGAAGAAGAAACACUGAAGGGUUCUACCCUACCUACAGUGGCGAGUCCAGCUCCUGUGCUGGAAUGGAGUGCACUGAAACAGAGGUGGAAACAUCUACAAGACCUUCCGUUGCAGCCAAGCGGAGGGAGAGUGGAUAUUCUGUUGGGGAGUGAUCAAGCUCACUUCACGACUGCCCUGGAAUCCCGAAUCGGCAAGAAGUUCGAGCCAACUGCAAUACUUACACGAUUGGGUUGGAUCGUACGUGGAGUACUCGGAAGUGGACUUCUGGAAGCAGUAGUCAAGAGCCAUGCCAUUUUCGCAGCAGACGAGGACGUAGACGUUCUAGUUCAGCAGAUGAAACGAUUCUGUGACAGUGAAGAAUUCGGCACCGAACACCAGAUUCCCGGCAUGUCCGAGUCGGAGAAACAAGCAGUGCAGAUACUGGAGGCAGGCACCCGAAGAUUGGACGUGGGAUACGAGGUCCCUAUUACGUGGAAAACCGGGGAGCCGAACCUUUCGAAUAACCGAAGUCUGGCAGAGAAAAGAAUGAAAUCUCUGCUACGCCGAUUCUACGAAGACCCCAUAUUUGAAGAAGACUAUCGCCUGGCGAUGGAGAAGAAUUUUAAGAUGGGAUAUGCGGUCUACGUCGAAGAUCCACCCGAUAGUCAUUCGGAAUAUUACCUAGCUCAUCACGGAGUGAAAAAGGGUAAAAAAUGGCGAGUAGUUUUCGACGCCGCAGCAAAAUUCAAUGGAAGAUGUUUGAAUGACAGCAUCCACAGUGGUCCAGCGCUACAGAAUUCGUUAACGUCCGUCAUCAUCAAAUUUCGCGAGGGAGAAAUCGCUUGGGCAUCCGACGUAGAAGCGAUGUUCAGUCGCAUUCGUCUUAGGACCGAAGACUCACGUUAUUUUCGUUUUCUGUGGAACCAAAGAGGGGAGACGGAAUCGCGAGUAUGUGAGAUGCGGAGACUGCCGUUUGGGGCCACCUGUUCCCCAUUUAUUGCAAUCGCCACUACUCGAAGAGCAGCAGCUGAUUUUGCCGGACCCUCGUUCGUGUCCAAAGCCAUUGAACACAAGAUGUACGUGGACGAUUAUUUGAGUUCAGCGAAGGCAAUCCACCUUGCCAUUCAAGAAGCGACUGGAGUUCAAGAGGCGUUGGCGGCGGGUGAUCUACAUCUCCAAGGAUGGAUCUCAAAUUCCGUUGAGUUCUUGAACCUGCUGUCCGUCGACGUCAAAGCUAGUCUUGUUGAAGAACGUUCCCUUGACGGAGAUCAUGAAGAAAAGGUGCUUGGGGUGUACUGGAAUCCUACUACCGACGUGCUCACUUUUAAACUUCAGAUCCAAGGGCUUCAAUGGACUGACGAGGUGUCAGGAGAGGCAGAGCAGUGGAGAAAGAAAUGGUUCGAGACAUUGAAGCAGCUCAACGACUUAGAGAUUCCACGUUGUCUAUUCGAGAGGGAAGAUUUUAUCGUUCGGACGGAGUUGCACAGUUUCGGAGACGCUUCAAAAGAGGCGUACGCUGCAGUGGUUUACCUGAGAAACGUGUACGUCGAUGGAACAGUGUUAGUCCCACAUGUACGAGCGUCGACGAAGCUGGCUCCGAAAAAGACGAUUUCCAUCCCUAAACUCGAAUUGAACGCAGCCUUGCUGGCGGCUAGAUUGGUGCGUACCGUACAAAUGGCUCUCACUCGUACCAUUCACGCACGUUAUUUGUGGACGGACAGCAGUACCGUUAGAAACUGGAUAAGAGCAACUGCAUCCAAAUACCAAGUGUACGUCAGUCACCGUAUAGGCGAGAUUCAAACGUUGACAGAGCCACAGGAGUGGAGGUUUCUGCCAGGUCGGAUUAAUCCGGCAGACGUUGCGACCCGUUCCACGCUCGGAGAAGAGAUCUUUCCGUCUUACUGGUGGUGUGGCGUAGAAUUCCUACAACAUCCCGAAGAUCGUUGGCCAGCUGAUCUGCCCUGGAUGUUGGAGGUUGAAGAGAUUCGGCCGGUUCUUGCUAACGUGGUCCAGUGCGAAUCGUCGGCGCUGGACUGGGAGAAGAUGAAGAUUACAGGUGAGGAGAUCCCAGCGUUGGUGAAGCUGCAAGACCCCUUCCUCGAACUUGUACGACGGUGUCAAGAGGAGGUGUAUUCUGCAGAGCUUAGUUGUCUACAGAAGGGAAAGUGGAUCCCUUCCACCUCAAGUCUGUUAAAGUUAUCACCGAUACUCGGAAAGGACGGAUUAAUUCGGCUAGGGGGUAGAGCUGGACGCGCUCAACUGCCUUACGAAGAAAUUCAUCCUCCUGUACUCCCAGCAGGACAUAAAUUUACCGUGAACGUUGUCAGGGCUUUCCACUUGAUGCUCAAACACGUCGGGACUGACUACCAAAUUAGUUUCAUUAGACAACACUUUUGGAUUCCCCGUGGUCAGGAAUUAGUCAAGAAGGUUCGUCGGGAAUGCACCGUUUGUCGAAGAGAGCGAGCCAAACCGGGUGAGCAGCUCUUGGCGGAACUUCACAUAUCACGUUUGGAAGCAGGAACCCCGCCUUUCACCCGAACAGCUUGCGAUCUGUUCGGUCCACUGGACGUAGGCCUCUCUAGAAAUAGAACCGCCAAAAGAUGGGGAGUUCUAUUUACGUGCCUGGUAACCCGCGCCGUUUAUUUGGAGUUGGUGACGUCUUUAUCUUCAGAUGAUUUCCUCCUCAUCUUACGUCGAUUCAUUGGUCUGUAUGGUCAACCCGGAGUUUUCCAUACUGACAACGGGACCAAUUUCGUAGGAGCAGAACGUGAACUGAGAAAAGCAGCUGAAGCCCUAUUCGCCGAUCCAAAGUUAGCAGACUUCAUCCGGAGCAAGCCGAUGGAAUGGAAAUUCCAACCUCCCAGAACGCCACACUUCGGCGGGGCUCACGAAUCCUUCGUUAAGUCGACUAAAAGGGCACUCUACCGAGCGUUAGAUGCAGAGAAAUUGAAGUUGCAGUAUCCGUCUGAAGAAACGUUACGUACUUUAUUAUACGAAGUAGCCGGCUUAUUGAAUGGGCGACCGCUGACAGCCGCGAGCAAUGAUCCAGCCGAUUUCCGACCGUUAAUUCCGGCCGACUUUCUGAACCGGGUCAACACGGCGUGCCCACCCGUCGGCCACUUUGAUGACGCCCUACCUCGAGAGAGAUACAGAUACUUGCAACGUGUACUCAAUCUGUUUUGGGAAAUUUGGAAGAAAGUUUAUUUGCAGUCUUUGGUUUCCCGUUCCAAAUGGAAGAACCCGAAACCUAAUUUUGCUGGUGGAGAUGUGGUACUCGAAAUCGAUAGCUCUUUGAGAAGAAGCCAGUGGAAUCUUGGAAGGGUUACGAAAACCUAUCCCGGAGCUGACGGUUUAGUUCGUGUCGUGGACGUUCAAUUUGAGAGAGGCCUAUUUCGACGAGGAAUUGGACAGCUAGCUCUGCUGGAGACCGGCUCAUCCGCUGGAUCGCCCUAA